CUCUUUAUCAACACUCUUUUCUUUUCCCAAAGGAGUCUAGGUUAUACCGAAGCUCAAAACCACACACAUGUCUCAGAAUUCCAUCUCAUGGGCUUCUCCGAGGAUCCAGCCCUGCAGCCCCUCCUCCUGGGGCUGUUCCUCUCCAUGUACCUGGUCACGCUGCUCGGGAACCUGCUCAUCAUCCUGGCUGUCACCUCUGACUCCCACCUCCACACACCCAUGUACUUCUUCCUCUGCAGCCUGUCCUUGGCUGAUGUGGGGUUCACCUCCACCACGGUUCCCAAGUUGAUUGUGGCCAUCCUCACUCAUAGCCCAGCCAUCUCCUAUGCUGGCUGCCUGACUCAGAUGUCCCUCUUUCUCCUCUGUGGAUGCAUGGAUGAUUUGCUCCUGACGGUGAUGGCCUAUGACCGGUUUGUUGCCAUCUGUCACCCCCUGCAUUACCAACUCAUCAUGAACCCCCAUCGUUGCAGUUUCUUACUUUUGAUGUGUUUUGUGGUUAGCCUUUUGGAUUCCCUGCUGCAGAAUUUUAUGGUCUUAGGGAUUGAUUGCUUCAAGGGAGCGGAAAUUUCCAAUUUCUUCUGUGACCCUUCUCAGCUUUUCAGCCUCAAUUGCCAUGACACAUUCAGCUAUGAUGUAAUCAUUUAUUUGAUUGGCAUCAUUUUUUGUGUUUUUCCUAUGUCAGGGAUCCUUUACUCUUACUAUAAAAUUGUCUCCUCCAUCCUGAGGGUCCCAUCAUCCGGGGGCAUGUACAAAGCCUUCUCCACCUGUGGCUCUCACCUCACUGUGGUUUGCUUAUUUUACGGAACAGCCUUUGGAGUGUACCUCAGUUCAUCUUUCUCGCUUGCUUCCCAGAGCUGUGCAGUGGCCUCAGUGGUGUACACCAUGGUCACCCCCAUGCUGAACCCCUUUAUCUACAGCCUGAGGAACAGGGACAUCAAGAGGGCCACGAGGAGGCUCCUGAGCAAAGCAGCUUCACCUCUGCUUUUUCACUUCUUGUGGGGGAAAGCAGCCAACUAA